AUGCCCCCGUUCACUUACUCGACCCUGGCUCAAUCCCCGUUCAAUUACUCGACCCUGGCUCAAUCUACGUUCACUUACUUGAGCCUGGCUCGAUCCACGUUCAUUUACUCGACUCUGGCUCAAUCCCCACUCACAUACUCGACCCUGGCUCAAUCCACGUUCACUUACUCGACCAUGACUCAAUCCCCGUUCACUUACUCGACCCUGGCUCAAUCCCCGUUAACUUACUCGUCACUGGCUCAAUCCCCGUUCACUCUCCCGACCCUGGCUCAAUCCACGUUCACUUACUCGACCAUGGCUCAAUCCCCGUUCACUUACUCGACCAUGGCUCAAUCCCCGUUCACUUACUCGACCCUGGCUCAAUACCCGUUUACUUUCUCGACCCUGGCUCAAUCCCCGUUCACUUACUCGACCCUGGCUCAAUCCACGUUCACUGACUCGACCCUGGCUCAAUCAACGUUUCCUUACUCGACCCUGGCUCAAUUCCUGUUCACUUACUCGACCCUGGCUCAAUCUCCGUUAACUUACUCGACCCUGGCUCAAUCCCCGUUCUCUUACUCGACCCUGGCUCAAUCCCCGUUCACUGACUCGACCCUGACUCAAUCCCUGUUCACUUACUUGACCUUGGCUCAAUCCCAGUUCACUUACUCUACCCUGGCUCAAUCCCCGUUCCCUUCCUCGAACCUGGCACAAUCCCCGUUCACUAACUUGACCCUGGCUCAAUCCCUUUUCACUUACUCGACCCUGGCUCAAUCCCCGCUCACUUACUGGACCCUGGCUCAAUCCCCGUUCACUUACUCGACCCUGGCUAAAUCCCCUUCACUUACUCGACGCUGGCUCAAUCCCCGUUCACGAACUUGA